AUGGCGUCUCAUGACCCUUCUCAGGGUGCUGGCGCUUCUCCUGCGGGCUCCAAGCACCGUAGCGUGAGCCCAUCACCCCACUCUCAACAGUACCUGGAUCCGACGACUGCUGGCCUUGGUCUCGACCCAUCCAUGUCAGGUGCAUUUGCGACCAAUCCUGUAUACGCGAAUACCAACCCAGAUAUGGGAAUGGGUGGUCCUGAUGCAUACAACUACGCUUCGGCGUAUCUCUCUGCUGCCCCGCCAACACAAGGUUUGGCGCCGCCAGUCGACCCAUCUUUUUCAAAUAUCAACACCGGAAGUGUGCCCAGUUCGCAGUCAUUCGAAGCAAGCUUGGUCAGUCAACUGGAUCAUACAGCUGGGGGUUUGAGGCCGCUACAGCCGGAGGAUAACUAUAACUUGCUGAACACCUCAACCGCCGACAUGGACUACUCUGCCUACUCGAACCACAGUCCGAAUAGUGUGACUUCUCCAGAGUACGAUUCCUCGCUGCUGCUGGAUCCCCAAAUGCACCAGAGACCACAAUCGAUGCACCAAGGCAUCAACCCGGCGGACCUCGUCAGCCCCAUCUCCAAUCCUUCCUCCCACCCAUCAUCGCAAGAUCCACAGCAGUCCUCGCCAGGCCCUAUGUCUCCCCCUGGUUCCACCCCGUACUAUACUCCACAGCAUUCACGGCAUACUUCAUUGGAUCCAGCCACUGCUGCAUACCUAAGCGCGCAAUCCAACCAGGACUGGCAGUCGGUGAUGAACCAUACCGCCUUUCAAGGCCAUCGCAGAGCACCAUCUGAAGUAUCCGAGGUAUCAUCGGCCAACCACUCACCAUACUUGUCUCAGCACGAUUAUGAUGGCAUUGAGAACAGUGCCUCGCCCUCAUUGGCACCGCAAAAUGAUCCUUCACUAUAUGACAAUGCUCUAGGAAUCGAGUCGUUCACGCUUUCGGAGCAGCAACAGCAGCAACAACAACAACAUCACCAACACCAGGGAAUAAGCCCACUUCAUAGCCCAUAUAUUUCGCCACAACUCAUGCCUCAGCAAGGCUUGGAAAUGGUUCCGAACGCACCAUACCUGUCUCCUCCUACCCUCAAUAACCAGUUCCCCUCGGCGCCCACAGAAAUGUAUGGGAUGACCUCGGACGACAUGAUGAACUCAAUGAAUAAUGGCUCUACCGACAUUGGACAAGCCUCGCAAAUGGCACCACCAUCUAUUAAUGUCGAGUUUGCUCCUCCAUCUCGAAUUCCUAGUUUCGGACCUUCGAAGCCGGCCGAUGACUUUGAUUCUUUGAGUCCCCCAGCAAUGCGAUCACGAGUGCGCAGUAAAUCUGACCCCUAUGCACACCCCGCUUCUCGUUCACGUUCGCCCGCUACCUCGGCAACCAGUCUAGAGGCUCGCGCACCGAGUUCACCACGCUCAUUGUCCCCCCACUCGCGAAGUAGCCCUAGCUCACGAGACGCAUCACCGUCCCGAUCAAACCGACGUCUCUCGACAUCUUCGAUCGAAAGUCGCAAUUAUAUCCUUGAUUUGGCCGAUCCUCAGCGUCCCGGCGCGAUAUCUGGAGAUUCAAAGCGUGUUCAAAAGCACCCAGCCACUUUCCAAUGCACCCUCUGCCCCAAACGAUUUACCCGUGCCUAUAACCUGCGCUCGCACCUUCGAACUCAUACAGAUGAACGACCAUUCGUUUGUACAGUUUGUGGGAAAGCCUUUGCGCGACAACAUGAUCGAAAACGCCACGAAGGACUGCAUUCCGGAGAAAAGAAAUUCGUUUGUCGAGGUGAUCUUUCAAGAGGAGGAAAUUGGGGCUGUGGUCGCCGAUUCGCGCGUGCUGAUGCCUUGGGACGCCAUUUCCGAUCUGAAGCCGGAAGAAUCUGUAUCAAGCCUUUACUCGAUGAGGAAUCCCAAGAACGCGAGAGAAUCCUCAUGGAACAGCAACAACACCAUCAACACCAGCAACCAUCCGGUCAUCUGCAACCUGUCCCACAGCCGCUGGUCAUGCCUGGUGUCCCUGGAAUGGAUGGACAGUCGGGUAACUUUGUCCUCCCUGCAGCAUUGCUUGCGCAAUACCCUGCUCUCCAGACUCUUCAAUGGGAUACUAUAGGUGCUGGUGGUGAUGAUCUAGGAGACAUUGGCGGUCGCAGCAGCUUCGAUGCCAGCUCUGGAGGCGAGUUCGGCUUCGAUGAAGACGAGUCAGGCAUCAGCAGUGUGUCUGGUAUGAGUGGUGGUUAUGUGAAUAACCAGCCUGGGAUGUACGGAGGUCAAAUGAUGGGAGGAGAUCCUGGAUAUGAUCAAAAAUGGAGUGGAUGA